UAUCCAGAGUUAUUGAAACUGUUAUUUCAGAAUGGUUGAACGUUGCUCAUAUAUUUAUCCAAUGCUAACGAGAUAAUCUAGUUUAACUCAUUUAAACAGGCAAAGUAAAAAAUUAAGACAAAAUUGAUUGACCGUAAUUGAUGAACAGUACAGUAAACUUUGAUCAAACUGAAAUCACAGUUUUAAGAGACGCUAUUGUCAAUUAUGAUUAGGAUAUAAACAUUAAAUGAGUUAAACUACAUUAUUUCAUUGUUAUGAGUUAAUAGGGCUUCGCUCUCACUGAAUUUUAUAUCAACUCAAUGUAGCUACAUUAACUUAUUUCCUCGAUAAAUCCCACAAAAAAUUGAAAAUAAAUAAUCAAAAACCGUUACCUAGACGCAGAUAUGUCAACAAAAACAGAUCGAUUGAGUGAAUGGCCAACCAAAAACAAUGGCCAAUGGACGAUGACGAAAAUUUGAUUGACUGAUGAAUCUAAUGGUCGAUGUUUUAAAAUCAAAAAACACCAUGUUCGGUGAUAUUACAAUGAAUUGUAGAGGGAGCUUUAAACAGGGAGUUUUCAUCUUCCAUCGAUUCACCAUGUAAACAAAGCUGCUCCGCUGAUUUGAAUACAAUCAUUUAAUAAUGAAAUAAAGUGUGUUUUAUCCAUUGAACAAUCAUAAUUAUGACACCAUCCGAGUCAAUUAACAUUCACAGUGAUGUGUUUUACUCGCCAGCAAAAAAAGGAUUUAAUCAACAAUGGUUCACUUCCAUUCGUUGCAGUGUGAAUGCAAUUAACCGGGAACCAUUGGAAUCAGUUUUAUUUUACCAUUGAUUUGCCAUUUUCACAGGCCAAUUGAAACUGUUUAAAGAUUGCCAAAUGAGUUCUUUGAUUGUUUGUUGCUGCUGUCAACUUGUUUUUCUUUUAUAUACACUUCUGAGUUGGCAAAUUGUUCGAUCAGAUGAUCGCUUUGUUUUCAAUAUUGGAGCUGUUCUCAGUUCAGGUCCCAAUAUUGCUUUAUUUCUUCAGCAAAUUGAAACGGGAAAACUCAUGCUGCCAGCAAGAACUGAAUUGAUUGGUAAUACGGUUCCGAUGAGUGUUAAUCCAAUUCGAACAGCUCAAGAUGUUUGUGAUAAUUUGAUCUCAAGACAGGUUUAUGCGGUGAUUGUUAGUCAUCCAAAUACUGAAGAAUCAUCUCCAGCUUCAGUUUCAUUCACCUGUGGUUUUUACAACAUUCCUGUAAUCGGUAUUUCCAAUCGUGACUGUUCCCUAUCGAAUAAAAAUCUACAUGGUUCUUUCAUGAGAACUGUUCAACCAUAUUCCCACCAAGCUGAUGUUUGGAUUGAAUUGAUUCGCUCACUCAAUUAUCAAUCUAUUGUUUUUAUCCACUCCUCGGACAAUGAUGGUCAAAGUACAUUACACCGUUUCCAGAACAUGGCUGACCGUAGUCAAAUUAAAAUUGAAAGGGUCAUUGAGUAUGAUCCUAGAUUAUCUAAUGUUGGAGCUGAACUGUUGAAAGUCAGGGAGGAAUUAAGCUGUCGAGUGUACAUCUUAUAUGCAAGUCGCGAGGCAGCAAUCAAAAUAUUUAAAGAAAUUGAACGUCUUAAUAUGACUGGUUAUGGAUACGUUUGGUUAGUCUCUGAACAGGCCUUAGGUGCUCCCAAUGUUCCUAAUGGUGUAAUUGGUCCUUCUCUUCGAAAUGCUCGAGAUGAAGCUUCACACAUCCGAGAUAGUGUUAACAUCAUUGUUAUGGCUUUGAGAAAUCUAUUUCUCCAUGAAAACAUUACCCAACCUCCAAAUGACUGUCGACGAACAGUCGAUAAAUGGGAAACUGGCCUAGUUUUCAUGAAGUACUUAAAGAAUCAAACUCUUGAAGUUGGAGCAACUGGGAAAAUAUCAUUUGAUGAGAACAAUGAUAGACGUGAAUCUGAUUAUUCAAUCAUCAACAUACGAGCUGGUGGUAAAGCUGAAGUUGGUAAAUAUGUUUACAAUAGAGAAGUUGAUUCUAUGGUUAUGAGUCUUAAUCACUCUGAUAUUGUAUGGCCUGGAGGUUCAGCGACCAAACCACCAGGUUAUUAUGUUGUCACUCAUCUUCGAAUUGCUACAAUUGCUGAGGAACCUUUUGUUUGGGCCACACCAGUUCAUCAAAAUGAUUUAACUUCAUCCUCAUCAUACUCCUUCUCAUCGCAAAGUGUAUCAUCAAUAACAUCAUCAACAUGUCCUUCUGGAAGUAUCCCAUGUCCAAAAGUUGAUCUAAACACAGGCAUUGAACAACUGUACUGUUGCAAAGGCUAUUGCAUUGAUUUGUUAACCAAAUUAUCUGAUCAAAUGGGAUUCACGUACAAUUUACAUUUAGUUCCUGAUGGGAUGUAUGGACAUUAUGAAUUCAAUGCUGAAGGAAGGAAACAAUGGACUGGUUUAGUUGGUGAAUUGAUAAGUAAAAAGGCUGAUAUGGUAAUUGCUCCAUUAACCAUAAAUCCUGAAAGAGCCAAAGUAAUUGACUUCUCCAAACCAUUUAAAUAUCAAGGAAUAGCAAUGUUACAAAAAAAGAUUCCCAAAGGAGCUAAACUGGAUUCCUUCUUGCAACCUUUUCAAAAUACUCUUUGGCUACUUGUGAUGGCUUCUGUCCAUGUUGUUGCUCUCGCUCUGUACCUACUUGAUCGUUUCAGUCCAUUUGGAUCAUUUGGACUUUCAAAAGUAGACAAACUUGGGCCAGACGAUGAAAAGGCUCUCAAUUUUUCCAGUGCAGUCCUUUUUGCUUGGGGAGUUUUGUUGAAUAGUGGUAUUGGUGAAAAGACUCCCAAAAGUUUUUCAGCUCGUGUUCUGGGAAUGGUUUGGGCUGGAUUCGCUAUGAUUGUUGUUGCCUCUUAUACUGCCAACUUAGCAGCAUUUCUAGUCUUGGAUCAAGCUGAGACAGAAAUCACUGGUCUCGAUGAUGCUAGACUGCGAAACCCAGCUGAGGGCUUUAAUUAUGCUACUGUAAGGGGUAGCUCUGUUGAUAUGUAUUUCCGAGGUCAGGUUGAGCUGUCCAAUAUGUAUCGAUUAAUGGAGGAAAUUAACCGACCUUCAACUGAAUCAGCAAUUCAAGCUGUUAAAAAUGGUGAUUUAAAUGUCUUUUUUUGGGAUUCACCAAGAUUGGAAUAUGAAGCUGCUCAAGAUUGUAAAUUAAUCAUUUCUGGUGAAACUUUUGGUAGAUCAGGGUAUGGAAUUGGUUUACAGAAACAUUCAUUUUGGACUGAAAAUGUUACUCUAUCCAUUCUCGGUAUGCAUGAGUCUGGUUUUAUGGAAGGCUUAGAUAAUAAAUGGAUUUUAAAAGGAGAUGAAAAGUGUGAUAAAACCCAAGAAAACUUUCCAACAACCUUAGGACUUAAAAAUAUGGCCGGAGUUUUCAUGUUAGUUGCUGGAGGAAUUUUGGCUGGAUUUAUAUUCAUUACAAUUGAAAUAAGUUAUAAACGAAGAAAAGCCAGAAGAUUUCGCCAAAUUAAUUCAGCUAGAAAAGCAGCGAAAAAAUGGAGAUCAUUAGUCCAGAGACAAAAGCAAAUGAAAGCACCAUUCAAAGUGCCGGUAACAAUGGUCAAUCCAAUGCCAGGAGGUGUACCUACCAGUUCAGCAAUUACACCAAGCUCAAUGGUUGGAUCAGGAGGAACAAGUGAUUUUGUUUCUCCGACCGCAUCAAACACUUUACCUUCAAAUCCGGCUCCACCGCCACCUCCACUGCCAUUUAAAAGAACAGCUCGAGAUCAAACUUUGGAUCGAAGUCGACUCGAUUUGGUUGCCAGUUCACAUCAACCAAGACAAGCAGGGUUCCGUUUACCUGGUCCAUACACAGUUGAACGAAAUAUGAGUGAAAUAAUGGCCAAGUCUCCAACAUCUUUCAAUCCUCCACUUCCUCCACUGCCGUCUUCUGACCUGACACAGCCGCCAACCUCACAACCUCCAGAAGGAUUCAUGUCUGGUUAUUAUCAUGGUUACUAUCAACCAAGUGGCUAUGAGCAAAGACCUAAAUCGAGUAUUGGAGAAGUUCCGUCCAACAAUGAGGCUGCUUCUUAUUCAGGACAAUUAGAUCCUAACAUUCCACCUCCACCUCCGCCUCCUUCAACAUCACCGCGACCUCCACGAACUCCACAGCAGCAUUAUACGCCUUAUGUGAGACGGGGUAAAGGUUAUUUUGCUGUGUGAAACUGUUUUUAAUAAGAAUAAUUAACAUUUCCUAAAAUUUUAUCAAAUGAUGUUGAUAGAAUAACGAUUGUUAUCAUAGAAAUGAACAAAUGAAAUCAAUGUGUUGUCCUUUUUAAUUUCCAUUGUCAAAAUGGGCUUCCUUCAAAAUGAACUUCCUUUUUGAAUUCCAUGUACAAUUCAAUUCAAUAUUUUUCCUCACCUUGACGAAUUAUUAUCUUCCUCUUUAACAAGUUCAUAUCAAAUCAACAUUCAUUUUUA